UCUUUUACUCCAAUCCAUUAAACGACACCAAUUAUAAUCACUUCCAUUUUCUAGAGUUUUCUCUUUCUCUCUCUCUAUUCAAUUCCUCGAACCUCAUCCAUGGCGUUAAAGAAAACCCUAGCCCAGCGCCUCCUCAGCAUCACCAAAAUCUCAUCGCAGUCCUUCUCCAAAUGUCGCAUUUCCUCUUCUUCUUCUUCCGUUCAGAAUCGGAUCCCUCGCACCGCAUCGAAGCCUGAUAUUGCUCCAGAUCCCGGAGACAAUGGCGUAUUCCGCAGGUUCCUCCACAAGAGGGCCGUCUUCCGACCGGAGCUGCGGUCUCCUCCGCCGGCCGCCGAUAACCUCCUCCAGAAGCUCAGAGAGAUGGACAUUUUUAAGAGCCGGAUUCGAUUGGACGGGUUGAGUCCACCGGCGACGUAUCAGGGAGUGACGGUUGAAGAUGCGCGGAAGUUGCUGAGAGCUGCGCAGCUUGAGAUGGUGAAAUCGAAGCUGCGAAUGAUUCCACAGAACUGCAUUAGCUAUUCGGAGUUCAUUCGAAUUUGUGCUGAGAAUUGCUCCGAUCAAGAUCAAGCAACGAGGAUUGCGAAGAUGCUGGACGAUUCAGCAGAUGUAAUUAUUUUGGGAGACGUCGUGUUUCUCAGACCUGAACAGGAAAUUGAAAGUUUGUUGUUUCCUCAGAUCUAAAAUGUGUAAAGAUUCAACACGUUUGAGAUGGUAAAUUAGGGGCUUUUCACGGACCCGCUAAAAGCCCCUACUUCUUUUACACACACUUACUUUGGGGGUUCAUAAAUGGGGAACCUUUUUAAAUUAUUUUUUUUGCUUUGAUGAAGAUAGAGAUUAGUCCAGUUUAUUAAUUGGGAUCUCCUUGGAGAAAAAAGAAAAUCACAUAAGAACCUUUUUAUCAUAAAUGCUCAAACCUGUGGAUAUGUGUAAGAUUGUGUGAUUUAAAUAUUUAUUUUAAAAAAUUCUAUACAUAUCCACUGCAAAUAAUUUGAGUGUUUAUUAUAUUAUGCUUACCUAAUCUGCUUAUUUUAUUUUAUUUUAUUUUUUAUACAAAAACAGAAGGUUCAAAAUUUGUGGGGAGGGCAGGUAGGCUAAAAUUCAGUCAGAACAAUCAUUUAAUUUCUUGGUUAAGGUAUUUUUUUUACGGAGAAGGAUUGAUUUACAAAUUUUUUUUACAAAUUACACUGUAUUCUCCGGCGAGAACAUAGUGUAACUAAUGUUCUCUCGGAACAACAUAGUGUAGUUUGUAAGAGUUUGUAAACAAGAAAGUUUGUAAAUAUAAUUUGUCCCUUUUUUUCAUACGGACUUGAAGUAGUUUCUUGAUUAUUUUCUUUUUUUAAAAUAAUAAUAAAAUUUGUUUGUUAACAUGUAUAAUAUGCUAAUGAAUAUAAAAUAAUAAUUGUUAAAUAAAAAUUAUAUGUAUUUAAUUUGUUAAAGUUUAAAAAUUAUUUAAUGCAUUUUUGAAUUUUAUGAAAAUUAUAUGUAAUAUAAUAUUUGCUUGUUAACAGAACAUAAUAUUUAUUAGUGGGUUUUAUGAUAAAUAUUUAUGUUUAUUAAAUAUAAUUAAUAAUUAAUAAAUGGUUUAACAACUUAUUUUGAGUAUCUAUAUGCAUAAAAAAAUGAAUACUGUAGUGGUUUCCUUUUAUACCCCUGGAGUCUAUAGUUCCAUGAUGUGCUUUGUUACACUAAUAUUAAUAUUUAAAAAUGUUGUUAAAAAGAUUUGAUUUGAUGGUAAUUUGUAAAUUUUUCAAUUAAAAACGUGUUUGAUUACUAAUAUAAAAACUAAAUACUACUGAAGAUUAAAUUAAAAUUAGAUUUUAUAUAGCAAACGAUGUUUACAUUAGGAUUAAAAUUAUAUAGAUCAUGCUAUUAAGUAUUAGCUGUGUGUUUGUACAGUGAUAGUGACAUGUCUGGUGUCUUUUUCCUCCCUUAAUUUUUGGAGGGAGGAGGAUAUGGAGGAAGAAGACCUUAUUUCGCGGCGCAAGUGGCACGGCAGCGGUACUUAGCUGUUAGAUAUUUGGGUUGUCGACAGAUGGAUACAGAUCAACAUACAUUAUCGGUGAAAUAGGAUAACAUAAAAAUAUCACUUUAAAAUAGGAUAACGUAAAAAUAACAAUAUUUUUAAAAAUAAUAUUAGAUAUUUAUAAAGGUAUUUGAAUAUUGGUUAAGGAAUACGUAAUACAAUCAUUAGUAUUUUUAAUUACUUAGAGAAAGAAAGUUAUAUAUAUUUUUAAACUUUUAUACAUAUUAAGUACUUUACUUUUAUUUAUUUAUUUUUACAAUUUUUUUAACUACUGUUUUAAGGAUACUUGUUAACAACUUUCUUUUGCUAUGCCAAAAAAAUCCCAUUUUUGAACAUCAUAGUAUUAUAUUAAAAUUUAUAACAAAUGUAUAUAACUUAGUGGUUAUAUAUUUGUUAUUUUUAUGUUCUCAAAGUUUUGUCCUUGUAGCAAUAGGAAAAAUUAUUAUUACAGGUUAGCAUGUGACUAUUAUUAUUUUUUGGGUGACAAAUAGUAUAGAAUAUAGUACUUCAAUUCUUUGUUUUUGGGUCUUUGUGAGACACUGCAUAGAAUAUGGCUAGGUCCACUCCCAGGGACCGUUUCGGGUCAGAGCCUAUUUCUCCUAAUACAUUUCUCUCCGUGAAAUUCAUGUCCAUAAAAUUUCUGUGCUUCAUGAAAUUGGGAAACUUUGGUUUUUUUGCUACUUUAUUUUGAUCCUAUUCAUGGUUACUUGUGAUUUUAUUCUAGUCAGUUCAUUGUCUUAUCCUAGCCAAGUUUUGGAACUUUUACAGCCGGGUAUAUUUUUUUCCUCCAAUUUUUUAUUUUGGGUACAAGUACAAUUGCAAAGUUUGAGUCAUUUCUAGAGGAAAAAACAAAGUGUAGAUGGAGCCAAGUUUUACCCAAACUCUAUCAAAUUU